AUGAAGAGACCUAAAUUAGGUGAUCGAACAGGAUCUACAGAAUCAAUCACAAGAACUCUGGUAUCACUGAAGGCAUCGAAUCGGUUCACGAUCCAGACCAAUGCCCGAGCAGCCAACGGAACACCCACUAAUAUUCCCAAUGCAUCUACCCCGGUAAGACGCACAAGUGGCUCGAACGUGUCGGGGUUUGCGUCGACGCCCGCUCUCACGUCGCUUGAUAUGGGCAAGAAGCGGUUGGUGGACCAGUUCUACAGCACCUACAAGGAUCCCCAAACAUCAAGUGGUACAGACCUUACCCAGUACUUCAGGAAUGGAUUGAAUGUAUCGCCGUCGACCGAAAAGACCUUUAGAUUCACCAAUUACGUGGCAGGGGCCGGAUCUACCAGUGAAGAUUCGCUCCCGUCUGAUGCCAUCAGUGACUUGGUGCAAUCGGGAGGAUUUGCCUAUAUUCCCAUGCAGAACCAUCCGAGCCACGACGAAUCGUUGACAAACCAGCUACUCAAUAUCGACUCGUUUACAACAGAUAACGAGAACCCCGAGGAUGUGGCCAACGGCCUUGCAGACAUUUCUCUGUCGCUCAGCUCCACACUCCUCUCCCACACACGAGACUCAUUUGCCCUGACACCCACCCCUUCCCACGCAUCGCAGGCCGCUGCCAAUCUCGACUCUCUCACCCAAUACCUCAAGGAUGUUCGUCGUUCCACAAUCGAUAUCCUCGCCAACUUGGAUUCGAAUAAGGAUUUCCUCAAGGAAAAAUUCCGGGCUGACAUCAAUAACAGUGUUAGCAAGCUCGAUGAAAUUGUCACUGUGGUCACAUCGUUAGAAUACAGACUCAACCACGUCCGCUCGAAAGUCAAUCGAAACAAACAGAUCAUGUCACAGGACCUUUCUCCCAAAAUAGCAUUACUAGAAAAAAUCGACAAAAGAAUGUCAGAAUACGCUAAGCUUUCAAGAAGAAGACACUUCAGACAAAUAUCUACAUGUGUCUUUCUCUUGUUAGUCCUAAUUCUUCUAUAUACGGUAUAUAUUCGUUAA